GUCACAGGAAAUCCGGGGCGUGCAGUGACACCAGAGUGGUGACAGCAUGGCGGCUCUGGGGCACAUCGUUGGCAUCAUCAUCGGGGCUCUGGUGGCCGAGCUGCCCCACAUCGGAGCCUUCAGCAUCCACCCGGCCCCACAUCAGGUCCUGACCACUGGUGGGAGCCGGAGCUUUGGGCACCAAGUGCUGCCGCUGGACGGGGCCCGGGUGCUGGUGGGGGCCCCAUCAGAGGUCAGAGAUGGGGGGCGGCUGUUCCAGUGUGUGGUGCAGAGUGGAGAGUGCCGGGAGGUGGAGCUGGAAGGGAAUAGCACCCGGACACACAUCGGAAUGGCCUUGGCCCGGGAUGGCGACGGCACCAUCGCGUGUGGCCCGGGCUUCACCCACGUCUGCGACCGCAACAUGUACGUGAGCGGGGUCUGCCUCCUGCUCGACCCUCAGCUGAGACUGCGGCAGGAGCUGAUGCCCGGACGUCAAGGCUGCCAGCGGGCCCCGGUGGACCUGGUGUUCCUGUUCGACGGCUCCAGCAGCAUGAGCCCCUCCCAGUUUGGGGCCAUCCGGGACUUCAUGGUGGACGUGAUGGAGAAGCUAGAGAACACCUCCAUCCAUUUCGGGGCAGUGCAGUUCUCGGAUGGGGUGCAGCCUGUGUUCACGUUGGAGGAAUUUGUGGCCAAGCCGCGGCCUCGGGAGCUGCUGCGGGGGCUGAGACAGCGUGGGGGCCUCACUGACACCUUUGCUGCCAUCGGCUUCGUUGUGCAGACGCUGUUCUCAGAGCGGCGGGGGGCGCGGCCGGCGGCGCGGCGGGUGCUGGUGCUGAUCACGGACGGCGACGCCACCGACAGCGACACGGAGAGCAGCGUGCGCGCGGCCGAGGAGCGCGGCAUCCACCGCUACGUCAUCGGGGUGGGGAAUAACUUCAACAGCCCCAACACGCAGCUGUACCUGCAGCAAUUUGCCUCCGGGCCUGGCUUCGUGCAGGUGCUCAAGAGCUUCGAGCAGCUCCAGAGCCUCUUCCAGGAGCUGCAGGCGCGGCUCUAUGACAUCGAGGGUACCACCCAGCUGCACAGCUUUCACCUGGAGAUGUGCUCCAGCGGGAUCAGUGUUGAUGUCAUCCAGGGCCGGCGGGUGACGGGGGCGGUGGGGGCCGAUAACGGAGCGGGGGGGCUGCUGGAGCUGCAAGAGAAUGAGACCUUCGUGCCCAACCCCCACCUGAACAAGAGCGGUUCUGAGGGAUACCUAGGCUACUCGGUGAUUGGGCUGCACAUCCCUGCCCGGGUACUGGUGGCUGCAGGGGCACCCCGUCACCUCCACGUGGGGGGGAUGGUCCUCUUCGAGGUGUCCAGAGCUACUGGGGACUGGCAAGUGCUGCAGACCCUCGUUGGGGAGCAGGUGGGGUCCUAUUUUGGGGCCACCCUCUGCACGCUGGACCAGGGUGGGGUGACAGUGGCAUUGCUAGUGGGGGCCCCCAGCCACUAUGAUGGGCAGCGGGGAGGACGGGUGCACGUGUACACGUGGAAGGAGGAUGCCCUGCAUCCCUCUGGGGAGCUUUGGGGUGCCUCAGGUCACCCCUUGGGCCGUUUUGGGGCAUCCUUGGCCACUCUGGGAGACCUGGAUGGUGACAACCUGCCCGAGGUGGCUGUGGGAGCCCCCCUGGAGGACGAGGAAUGUGGGGCUGUCUACAUCUUUUCGGGGUGCCCUGGGGGAGUGAAGCCCUUCCCCCGACAGAGGUUGCAGGGGAAAGUGGUGGCCCUGGGGCGUUUUUUCGGGCAGGCGGUUGCUGGUGGCCUGGACCUCACAGGGGAUGGACUGGUAGAUAUGGCAGUGGGGAUGGAGGGACACGUCGUGGUAAUGAGGUCCCGCCCAGUGCUGAGGGUCACCCCCCACCUGACCUUUGAACCCCCUGUGAUCCCGACCCGCUGGGUCGACUGUUCCAAUGUCACCGCCAGCACUGUGACCUUCCGCCUCUGCCUGCGCCCCCCAGGUGACCUGGUGACCCCGGUGACGUUCCAGGCGGACGUUGACCCCCAGCGGGCACAAGGUCGGGGGCAUUUUGGGGAGGGGCAGCAGAGCUGGGCCGGGGAGAUGCAGCCAGGGCAGAGUUGCCAGCAGGAGGCGCUGAGGGUGCUGCCCUGCCUUGAGGACUUCGUCACCCCAAUCCGUGUCACUGUCACCAUCACCUUGCCCCAUAGGGACCCACCAGGGCACAUCCUGCACCCCAGCAGUGCCCCCCCCACCUGGGCUGAGAUCCCUUUUGAGCAGAACUGUGGGGCUGACGAGGUGUGCGAAGCCGACUUGGGGGUCAAGGUGGUGCCAAGGGGUGCAGCUGUUUUGGGGGUCCCUAGUGCCGAACUGGGGGUUCUGUUGAUUGUGAAGAACAGGGGGGAAGAUGCCUAUGGGGUGGCCCUACAAGUGAACCACCUCCUGGGGGUCUCUUUCCGGCGGGCCCGAGCCAGCCAGGCCUCGACUCUGGUGCCGAUGCCCAUCCACUGCUGGGACUCCCAGGGCUUCGAGGGGCAGCCGUGGGGCCUCACUUGCAACCUCAGCUGCCCCGUCCUCCGCUCUGGCUGGCAGGUGCUGGUGGAGGUGACCUUUGACCUUCAGCAAAAUGCCUCAUGGGGACAAUCCCUGGGGCUGACCGCAACUGUGAGCAGCAAUAACGAGCCCAACAUCACCCUCGGGGACAACACGGACUCCUGGGACAUCCCUGUCCACUUUGCCCUUGACCUUGUGGCCUCCUGGCAAGAAGAUUCCACCCACCACUUAAACUUCACCCCUCCCCAGCCCCACAACAAGACGGUGCAGCACCACUAUCAGGUGGAACUUCUCUGGCCACCCCCCCAGGGCAGCCCCAAACCACAGGUGACACCCUUUGUCCUCCUGCCCCAUGUGCUGCCCCACGGCGUGGCCAUGGCUGCCUCCCAAGUGCGAGUGGAACCAGGGAGCCCCUGUGUGGCUGUGGAGCUGGAGCUGGGAGACUCUGUGGGUCAGGAGCUGAACAGGAGCAUCGCCCAGGCCUGCUCCACGCCCCACCUGCAGCUGUUCCGCUGCCCCCCGACCCUCUUGACCCCGGCGAACCCCGCAAGGAUCACGGUCAGCGCUGUCCUGCAGCCCCUCCCCCACAGCCAGGGACCCGCCCACUCCCAGUUUUGCUCCGCCCUCUGGCUCACGCUGCCCCUGCCCCUUCUGGCGGCCGCGCCCCAACUCCUCCGAGCGCAGGGAGUGACCAAGGUGGAGCUGCUGUGGGAAGUCGAUCCCCUCCCCGUCUACAUGGGAGGAGGGGUGGGGGGGCUCCUCCUCCUCCUCCUCAUCUCCCUCGGCCUCGCCAAGUGCGGCUUCUUCAGGAGGAACUACCGGGAGCGGAUGGAGCAGGAGGGGGAGCGGGAGGGAGAA